CAGCUGUGUGACGUUCUGACACUUCUCACUGUACUGCCAUCUGUACACAUUUCGUUCGUUUGCCAUUGUUGACAAAAUAAAUCUUGCACAUAAAUCCCGAAAAAUUAGCUGAACUAAGUGUUAAUGUUAACUCAGGUGGUAUUACGUAGUACUUACUUUGUUCACGGAUCAACUUUCCGGAAUGCCAAUAGGCUGUGUAGCAUCCAGUUAAGAAAAUCAUUGCUUUAUUGUACAAAUUUUACGAUAAGAGCAAUUCACAAUAGCCGAUCAGUGAACAACAGGAACGAGAAAGCUAUUCUCAACAUGACAACCAAACUAUCGAGCAAAGCCCAAUUGUCGAAUUCUUCAAUGUCUAUUCCUCAAUCUGCUGGAAAUGCACCGUUUGAACGUAUCGAUACCAUCACAAAAUCGAUCCAAGACAAUCGUGACUACCGCGGGUUAAAACUGUCUAAUGGAAUGAAAGUAAUCUUAAUAUCCGAUCCUACUACGGACAGAUCAGCCGCAGCUCUCUCCGUCGCGAUUGGACAUUUGAGCGACCCUUUGGAAAUACCCGGUUUGGCGCAUCUUUGCGAACAUAUGCUAUUUCUCGGUACGGAGAAGUAUCCCAAAGAAGAUGAGUACACAAGCUUUUUGAAAGCGCAUGGCGGUAGCUCAAAUGCCGCCACUUGUUCCGACUUAACGAAGUAUUAUUUUGACGUGAUUCCGAGCAAGUUGGAAGAUGCGCUGGAUCGGUUUUCACAAUUCUUUAUUGCUCCCCUGUUUAACGAGGAAGUAACAGAGCGUGAAAUCAAUGCGGUAAAUUCGGAGCACGAGAAAAACCUGUCGCAAGACUUGUGGCGUAUCAAGCAGGUGACCAAGUCCCUGUGCAAACCGUCACAUUCGUACAGUCAUUUCGGUACGGGAAAUAUCCAAACUCUUUCCGAAACUCCGAAACAGAACAACAUUAAUGUGCGCAACGAACUGAUAAAGUUUUGCAAUACGUGGUACUCAGCCAACAUUAUGAGCUUAGCUGUGUUCGGAAAAGAAAGCUUAGACGAUCUGGAAACAAUGGUGGUAAAAAUGUUCGAACAAAUUGAAAACAAGCAAGUAGUUGCCCCUACAUGGCCAGAUAUGCCGUACGCAAACGAUCAACUCAGCACAAAGACCUAUAUAAUUCCCGUGAAAGACAUCAGAUCGUUGACCAUAUCCUUUCAGAUGGAAGAUCUGGAACAGUACUACAAAGCCGGUCCGGAACAUUACGUGAGCCAUCUGAUUGGCCAUGAAGGGAAAGGUAGUAUUUUAUCGGAGCUAAAAGCUCGUGGCUGGUGCAACAAAUUAAGUAGUGGCUACUGUAGCUUGGGCAGAGGGUUCGGAACUUUUGAUGUAAUGGUCGACUUGACGGAAGAUGGAUUCAAGCACAUCGAUGACACGGCGAAACUCAUUUUCCAGUACAUCCAUAUGUUGCGUAUGAAAAAACCUCAAAAGUGGAUAUUUGAAGAGUACUGCAACCUGUGUGAGAUGCUGUUUCGGUUCAAGGAUAAAGAAUAUCCUAGCUCGCUGGUAACGAAACUGGUCAGCUCGAUGCAUUUGUAUCCCUUGGAGGAUGUGUUAGUGGCGCACUUUUUAAUUACCGAAUGGCGUCCAGAUCUUGUGGAAGACCUCAUUAGUAAGCUCACCCCCGACAAAGCGCGACUCAUCAUUGUGGGUCAAAAAUGCGAACCGUUGGCAAAUGCUGAAGAACGUUGGUAUGGUACAAAGUACGGUGUAUAUAAAAUCGAACCAUCGAUAUUGGAGUAUUGGUCCACACCAGAUUUAAACGACAAUCUAAGUUUGCCUGAUCCUAAUCCAUUCAUUCCGACUGAUUUUGAAUUACUGCCUAUCGAUAGUGAAAUAGAAAACUUUCCAACAGUCAUACAAGACACGCCUAUCAUACGGACAUGGUUUAAACAAGAUGUAGAGUUUCUGAAACCAAAGGCUUUGAUGACUUUCGAUUUCAACAGCCCGAUCGUGUACUCCAACCCGUUGAACUGCAAUCUAACUCGUCUAUUUGUACAGCUGCUCAAGGAUCAACUGAAUGAAUUCUUGUUCGAGGCAGACUUGGCAGGAUUAGGUUUUGGGGUUAGCAACACAACUUCCGGUAUUAGUCUUUCUAUUGGCGGUUACAGUCACAAACAAGUUAUAUUACUUGAAAAGGUACUGAGUAGUAUGUUCAAUUUUAAAAUUGACCGUCGCAGAUUUGAAAUACUGAAAGAACAUUAUGUUCGGAGCCUGAAAAACUAUCAGACCGAACAACCUUAUCAGCAUGCCAUCUACUACCUAGCAUUGCUACUAACAGAACAGGCAUGGACAAGACAAGAACUUUUAGAUUCAACCCAGUUACUUUCUUUAGAACGUCUGCAAUUGUUCAUUGAGCAGCUACUUUCGCAAAUGCACGUCGAAUGCUUUAUUUAUGGAAACGUAAAUAAAGAGAAAGCAUUACAAUUGACACGAUUGGUAGAAGAUAAAAUGAAGUAUACCGAUGCAACAGUUGUUCCACUACUGGCUAGGCAGCUUCUCCCAAAACGCGAAUACAAGAUCGGACAAGGUGAAAGCUUCUUAUUCGAGGCAACCAACGAGUUUCAUAAGAGUUCCUGCAUACAGCUAUAUUUGCAAUGCGGGCAGCAAGAGCCUCAUUCGAUUUUUGUCGACAUUUUGUCUCAAUUGUUAAGCGAAAAGUGUUACACGCAGCUGCGUACCAAGGAACAGCUUGGUUACGUUGUGUACUGCGUACCACGUAAAGCAAAUGGCAUUUGUGGCCUGCGAAUCAUAGUACAGUCUACCCGCCAACCAACCUACGUAGAGGAACGUAUCGAACUUUUUCUCAACGAUAUGCUGGAAUAUUUAGAAAAUUUGUCCGACAGUGAGUUUAAUCAUCACAAGGAAGCACUAGUCGCACUGAUUCUAGAGAAGCCGAAACGUUUGAUCACACAAUUCAAGAUAUAUCUUCACGAAAUAUCCCUGAGGCAGUAUCAUUUUAAUCGUGCAGAAGUGGAAGCUGAAAAGAUUCGCACUGUAACGAAGCAACAAGUCAUCGAUUAUUAUAAAGAACAUAUUUUAAACGGCGCACCGUCCAGAAGUACAUUAUCGAUUCACGUAGUUUCCACUGCUGAUGGAGAUGUUACAAACGAUGCUGAGGAAUCACCAACUGAAGCCGAAGCCAAUUCUACCCCAGUGCAUGAUGCAGUCAAGAAGGACUUUAUAAGAGUAACAGAUCUAGCCAGUUUCAAAUCUUCUCGCUCACUGUAUCCCUUAGCUCAACCUUACAUGGAGAUCAUGCCAAAAGGAGGGCGAUGUAAACUGUAAAUAAGUUGGAAAAAUAGGCCGGCCAUAUAGGAUAGUGCGUAAUGCAUUACUCAUCGAUAUGCUUGGCGAUGACUAUUCGGAUAUGGGUAAUUCAACUAACUCAGCGAUUAUGUAAUGCAGACAAAUGUCAGCAUAAAGAGUCGAAAGAAUCCUUUCUCUUCUUCUUCUUCUUUUGUGGCAAUACAACCUCUUGAAGUCGUUGGUCUCCCAUUACUGGCUUUACUUGACCUUAUUUACACGUAGGAGAAUAGUCAGUCCUACGUAGGAGGUUUUGUCUUGAUGGGAUGUUAGCUAUGGUCCUGUCGUGUAGAUACCAACGUCACUACCAUCUCUACCACCUGGCCGCCCCAAAGAAUCCGUUUUCUUUUAACAAAGUGUAUGUCAUCGAUAAAAAAAACAACAGAAGGCCAGCGACGAUAGCAGAUAAAAUUGGCCGUUUUGCAUAAAACAAAACAAAACUUUGUAGACACAUUGUUUGAUACAAUUUGCUAAUUGCUUCUGCUUAUGUAACGUAUUGAUGGCACAAGAAAAUUUUGAAAAAAAAGUGAACAGUCUACUUUCUAAUAUAUUACACUGGUGUUGUUACUUUAAUAAACAAAUUAAUAUUU